AUGCUUGAUCAGAACGACAAACACAGGAGCGGACCAGGCAGUACAGCUGCACGAGACUUCAGUUUUCUCUCACACACACUGAGGAAUGGAGCCGCGCGCGCACUGACUGAACCUCAGAAGAGCACGCGCGUGCGUUCCAGUCAGAUGGAAGCCUCUUGUCCUGCUCCUGAUGUCCCCCCUUUACCCCCCCUGACCCCUCCGCCCCUCCCUAAAGACCCCUCCCACUCACCUGGGCCCACUGCCCCUCCCCCCCGAGGACAGGUGCGCAGGGGGCGGGGCUUUGCAGCAGUGGCCAAGCGAGUGAUUCAGGAAGAGAGGAAGAGGAAGGAGGAUGAAGAAGAAAGGAUGGAGCAGGAAGAGGAUGCAGCUGAAGAAGAUCUGAGCUUUGAGGAGCUUCUAGAGAAAGCUAAAGCAGGAGAUCCCAAAGCACAGAGCAGUUUGGGUAAGUACUACCUAAAGUUAGGGGCGGAGUCUGGUGAUGAUGAAAAUAACCAAAUAGCUGUUGAUUGGCUGGUGAGAGCGGCGAAACAAGGGCGGAGAGAUGCAGCGAAACUAUUGCAACAGUGUUGGAUCCAAAGGAGAGGCAUCACCCCACAGAAUGAAGCCGAGGUGCGCGCUCUGUCGAGAGAGAGUAAGUUUGAGCAGGCGGUUCGGCGAGCGGCGAUGAUGAUGUACUGGAAGUUAAACCCGGAGAGGAAGGAGAAAAUGGACAAGAGAGAAAUAUUACAGAAUGUCGGCCAGGUGAACCGGGGAACAGGUGGUGUCUGUGGUGGAGCUUCAGAUGUCCAGACACAGAGAAAACUUUUGGAGACAAUGGUGUCCAAUGAGCCAGGUGGUCAGUAUGUGGAUGUGGAGGAGUUUGUGGAGAUGACAAAAAAAUACACAGAGAACAUCACACAGACGCCGCAGGGUGAAGAGCUGAAGAAAGACACGGAGACAGGAGGAGUGUUGGACUGGAAUGAUGUUACAUCAGAUCAGAAGGGGGAGUUUCCAGUAUCUCAUAAGAAAAGUGUUUGGCCUGGCAGUCAGAUGAUGCUGGAAACGAAGCGCAGCAUGAAGAGAGCCAUGGACAUCAGAUCCUAUUUCCUGGGUCUACAGUUUCCUCUCCAGCUAAUCCUGGAUUUAAAGGAGCACCUGGUGGACUGGGCCUCUCGUGCAGGUGUUCAGUGGCUGAGCACCAUCAUCCCGACUCAACACGUGAACGCACUCGUCUUCUUCUUCAUCAUCUCUAACCUAAGCAUUGAUCUGUUCUUCUUUUUCAUCCCUCUCCUUACAUUCUACUUGGCUUUCAUCGCCAUGGCGAUCUGCACUUUGAGAGUGUUUCGUAGCAGUAAAUGCUGGCAGAACUUUAGCGCAUUAGCAGCUCUGCUGAGGCGUUUUGAGCCCGAGCUGGACGUCGAGUCUCGCUUUGGGUGGAGUCAGCUGGAACAGCACUUUUACUUCCUGGUUUCUGUGUGUUUUGUGAUCUUCAGUUUUCCUCUGGCGGAUAAACGCUGGAUCCCAUGUUCAGAGCUCUGCACGGUGGCCAUGUUCUUCACAGCUCUGAGUUACGCCUCUCUGACCCCAGCGGCGGCAUCGUACACGCGCAGGGCGUUCAUCAUCGAGGUGACGUCGUCCCUCUGUGCCCUAACCACACGCCUUCCCGAGGAGUUUAAGACGUUGCGGCUUUUAGGCAAAACGUUUGCAACACUGCCACUCGGAGAGUUGGUGGAGAUGACGAUUAGCCUGCCGUGCUUGCUUUACCUGUACCUUUUCUUCCUGUUUUUCAGCAUGGCACGGAUGCAUGGAUUCCGAGGGACGUACUGCUUCCUGGUUCCGUACCUGGUGUGUUUUAUGUGGCUGGAGUUUGCAGUGAUUCUCCUUCAGAACUCCACUCUGAUCGGUCUGAUUCGCACUUGUGUUGCGUACUUCCUCGUUCUCUUCGCCCUGCCUGUCCUGGCGCUGGGACUGUUGGCCAUGUUAGCAAUCCAGAUGGUAAAGUGGUUUGUGGAACUUGAGCUAACGAAGAUGUUGGUGACGUUGGCAGUGUGCGUGGUUCCGGUUACACUCCGUCUGUGGACUCGCUUCAGCCUGUCGAUUCUGAGCGUGCUGCGUGCCGUCACACACCGCGGUCCUGUCAAACUCAUCCUGUUGUGUUUGUGCUGCGUGUUUUUGGUGUGUGUGGGUUACGUGUACAGUGCAGAAGGGUUGAAGGUGUAUAACUCCACACUGACCUGGGAGCAGUAUGGCAGCGUGUGUGGCCCGUCAGCUUGGAAACAACAUGGCAUCACACAAACUCAAAUCCUUUGCAGUCACCUGGAAGGACACAGAGUCACCUGGAGAGGACGGUUCCAGGGUGUCCGAGUUGCCGAGACAGAGAACGGAGCUCAGUCACUCAUCAACUUGCUGCCGGUGUUCAUGGGUGAUUGGCUGCGCUGCCUCUAUGGAGACGAAUAUCCAUCCUGUGAGGGGAGGAACGUUAGCAGUUCGUUGGAGGAACAAAUGGUUGUAAACGCAUCAGUUCUAUUCCAUCAGCAAGAGGAAGAGGAACUGUGCCGAAUCAAACCUGUAGCAAAACACCGCUGCCAUGUUAAACGCUUCGAUAAGUACCGCUUCGAGGUCACAGUGCGCCGUACGGCAGGCGGAGCCGAGACCGAAGACCCCGACAGUGACAUCGCUCUCAUCGCCAGCCACGAGUUUAAGCAGGUGUUGCUGAACCUGGACGAGGGCAGCAUGGUGGAGUUCAGCACCAAGUUGCAGGGAAAGCUUGGAUCCAAGCUCCCGAGACUGGAGCUGAAAGCAAUUCACUGUCUGGACUGCAGAUCGUCGCUCCUGCCUGAAGGGCGACAAGUCAAAAUCGAACGUAAUUGGAGAAAGAGCGUGCAGGCGGCUAUCAAAUUCGCCUUCGACUUUUUCUUCUCGCCUUUAAUCUCAGCCAGAUUUAAGGUGUGAGACGUAGUGUGAGAAGUAGUAGUAGUGUAGCAUUGAACACUUUUCACUUUUUGUAAAAUAAAAAAAAAAAAACGCUUCUCGUGAAAACAAAGCUCAUAUCAGCACCAGACUCAGGACAAAAAAGUGUAAAGUUUUUAAUCAUUCACAAUUACUUUAAAUGUACAGUAUGGUGUUCUACAAGGGUAUGGUUUAGGCCACCUUUAGUUUUCUAGAAUGCUCUGACAGAAUUAACAAAAAUGUGGGUUUUUAAGUCUGUGCUGAUGAUGAUGAUUAUAAGUUUUGCAGAUACAACAACAAAAUCAAAGACUGGCAAGACAUGAACGCGCUGAACAACGUGUUAUACAACCUAUAUUCACUCAUAAUUCUCCUCAAUUCCCUCAAAACAGAAACUGAUGCUCUGCAGUGAGGUCUAAGUCAAGGUUAAAGACUAUGAAGAUCUGGAUGUUGGUUUAAUUGCUAGAUUUUAAAGUAAAUUUUAUGUCUUAUUUUCAAUUCUAAAAACAUAG